CUCCGCCAUAGACAGUCGCAGUCUCGCACACAGAGAGCCCUCCCGCUUCCAUCGUUCCCCCACGUCUCGCGUCCAGAGCUUUCCCCCCUCUCCCUCUUUCCCUUUCCACCUCCCCCGAAACCUUCGACCCCGAGAGCCUAAAAAAUUCGAGCCAACAACACACAGAGAGACUGCGACAGCCCCCCGGCGCCGGCCGCCGGGUCCUCGCCGGGCUGCGGGCUGCCAGCGCAUGGCAUCGUCGCGGGUGAUGGCCGCGUCGUCGCAGCCGCCGCCGUCCGGCUCCUCCGAUCUCGCGCGCUUCCGGAGCGCCAGCGGCAUCGGAUCCAUGAACAUGGACGACAUCCUCCGCAACAUAUACGGCGAGGCGCCCCCCUCCGGCGCCGGCGCCCCGGCGGACCCCGCCCCCGCGCCGGAGGCCGCCGCCCGCCGGACGGCCGAGGAGGUCUGGAAGGAGAUCUCGGCCACCGGGGGCCUCUCCGCCCCCGCCCCCGCCCCUGCCCCCGCCGGCGGCGGAGGCGGCGAGGCGGGCGGCGCGGCCGUGAUGACCCUGGAGGAUUUCCUCGCCAGGGAGGACGACGGUAGGGUUACGGCGGUGGAGGGGAAUAUGGCGGUAGGGUUCCCCGAUGUGGGGGCGGAUGUGGGGGCGGGCGUGGCCGGAGGGCGACGACGAGGCGGCGGUGCCGGCGGCGCCGGAAGGGCGAGGAAGAGGGCGCUGAUGGAUCCCAUGGACCGCGCGGCCACGCAGCGCCAGAAGCGCAUGAUCAAGAACCGCGAAUCUGCGGCCAGGUCCAGGGAGAGGAAGCAGGCUUACAUCGCAGAACUGGAGGCACAGGUCACACAGCUUGAGGAGGAACAUGCCGAACUGCUUAGAGAACAGGAGGAGCAAAACGAGAAGAGGCUUAACGAGCUCAAGGAACAGGCAUUCCAAGUCGUCGUAAGGAAAAAACCAUCGCAAGAUCUUAGAAGGACCAACUCGAUGGAAUGGUAGAAGUAUCCGCGAGCUCUGUUGUUAUUCUCUUACAGUUACAGGGUUUCUUCUUUUGCUUUCUGUUUACCCUAGUCGUCGUUGCUGGCGGCGAUGUAGAAGCAGUAAAGACUUGUUAGGCGAAGGACUCUAGCUCGGAAAGAGAAGAAAAGAUGUAGUAGAUGAGGUUCUGUGCGUGGUUGGAAAGGUCACGCCAUUCAGAAUCGGUGUGUGAUCAGCUAUUUAAUUUUGCUGUCAUUGUAUGUACAAACCAGAAUAAGCAAUGUUUGCAUAAAAUGUAGACUAGAGUUGCCUCAGUUACAAAGACAUUUGAAGAGAUGUUUGUUUGUGUUCA